AUGUCUGACAAUGGAAGACUGUACUUGGGAAUAGAUUUUGGCAACACCACCGUCGGCGUUGCAGCCAUAUACCCUCCCGUUGAUGGCGAGGAUCAGUCUACCGUCCGUUACCAUGUCAUAGACCGUUGGAGAGUAACGCAUACAAGGGAAAUGGGGCGGAGCCGGCUGCCCACUCGACUGGCGUAUUCCGAGGAGGGCUUUCAUCUCAGAAGUAGGCUGUGGGGAUAUGCAAUCCUCCCAGCCGCGCCGGCAAAUUCGUGGUUCAAGCUGCCCCUAGACGAGGGCAUCAUGAGCCGGGUGCGCGACGGGCGUUUCAUUGAAGACAAAUGGACGGAGUCUGUUGGGAUCUUUCGACAGUCCGAAGGAAGAAGCUAUAAGGAAAUGGCCUCUACGUUUCUCAGCUACCUUGACGAAGAGAUCCGUAUUUUCCUGAGACGUGCUAAGCUCCAUAACCUUCCCAAAACUCUUACCUUCACCUACCCGGCUACUUGGUCUGAUGAGUCGGUCGUAACCUUGAGGGAGGCUAUUCAUGCGGCUGGUUUCGGGACGGACGAAGGUGAUCAGGUCGUCAUGGGUCCUGAGCCGUUGGCCGUCGUGUCUGCUUUGAUGAAGCCUGAUUCGGGGGAAAUUAAGAUUAAGGCCACGGAUGCAGUGAUUGUUUGCGACUGCGGGGGAAGCACGAUUGAUAUCACCAGCUAUGACAUAGUGACAAGCGACCUUCGACCCCCAACGCAGCUGACAGCCCACACCGAACCGCUUCUAGGCUCCACUUGCAUUGACAGGGCCUUCUAUGAGCUCGUGUCCACGAGGUUGAUUCCGAACUUUGACAAGCUGGGGCUGAGGGAGACAUCUCCCACCAGUAUGAUGAUGAGGGACUUUGAAGAGGUGAAACGCAAGUUUGACGAAAAUUCCGCGGCCUAUCGCCACGCCUUUCGCGAAGUUAUCAAAUUCCGUCAAGAAUACGCGUGCCGAGUUUACCUUUUGCAAAGCCAGCUGCGUGACCUUUUCCAACCCGUCGUGACCAGAAUCUGCAACCUCCUGAGCGAGCAGAUCGACGAGGCGAACCGGGUUGCGGGGAAAGAUAUUAUCAAUAAGAUCAUCUUGAUCGGUGGCUUUGCUGGCUCGCCGUACCUCGAGUCUGCCAUCAGACAGAGGUUCGAGACCAACGAGAUGACAGUUUACCGACCUGAUAGGCCUGAGAAUAUAAUCGCCGCAAGCGCCGCGCUGUGGGCUAAAGAAUAUGAUGAGGCCACCCCACACCCUACCUACCAUUACGGCGUGGAGUUUGGCCAGGGCCCGGAUAAUACCGUCACCGAUGAUAUUGCCUGGUUCCGGAAGAAGCACGAGAGAUUCGACCAACCCAACACGAGAAAAGCGAUACGGGUGAAGUGUACGCUGAAUACGAAAGUGCACGGAACCGCGGUAUACUUCUUCCGCACGAGAAUUUGCCCUGCGCCUGAGAAGGCUAAAGAAGGAGUGGAGUUGAUCGGGGCGAUGACGUUGGACCUCACCACGCUCAUCAACGCUGGGACCCCAGCCGAGGGGGAUGAUGUUGUAUUUCGCUUCUUGGUGAAUGUGGGCUUACAGGAGAUCGACGUUGCAGCUUUCAUCGAUGAUUAUCAUGUUGGCCGUCAGCGGAUUCCUAUGGCUUAG